GUGCGGCCGGAGCUGGAGCGCUUGCUAAAUAAAUAAAUUGCUCUGAAUCUGAACGCGAGUCGCGGAAAGCAGGCGGCGUCUCUAUAAACAAGCUCUUCCAUCUCUCGUGACUCUGGCGACGAUGCGGCAUUAGAUAGCUGCCAGUUCAGAGGUUCCCGCAAAAGUUCAAGUGACAAUUUGCCAGCCAACAGCAACUUUCCGACGAAGUCAACGCAAAUUGAAUUCGAUUCGAUUGUCUCUCGAUCUUCAUCGAUUCAUUACGCAGAGGAAAAGAAGCCAACUAUAAAGUUUUAGUGAAAAAGUUUCUCUGGCCCGUUGGCGUGGCAGUUCUACCGAAAUCAAACCAAAAUUUUCGCAAAUGAGUUUGCUAACGACGGGCUAAACCAAUUAACAGAAUUUACUCUUGUGUAAUAAAUAAAUUGCCAACAGUUAUAACUUGCAGUCCCACUCUAGCAUAAUCAAAUAAAAUGUUCAACAAAAUGUUUACGGCAAUUGCAGCUCAAAGCGAGAGACCAUAGACGAGGUGCAACGGGUUGUGGCAGUGGCGAGAAAACUCAAAGGAAGCCGCAAGGCUCGACCAGAAAUUUAUAAUUGGUAAUAGCAGAAAGGAACCACGCACCGCACAUUCCGUCCGCCAUUCAACCGAGACGCAUGCUGACGUAAGCGGACCCAAGAGGAGCAAGUGGAAGCGGCGGGCAGGCGAUGCCAAAAUGCCAUCGGCAGAUCAGAUCCUGUUUGUAAAUGUCACCACAACGGUGGCGGCGGCGGCUCUAACCGCUGCAGCCGCCGUAAGCACCACAAAAUCCGGAAGCGACGAUGCCGUACGGCCGUAUACGGAUGCGGACGCGGGCAUGGAAGCGGAGACGGCGGCCAACAUAACCGGUUCUCUGGUGGAGGGCCUGACCACCGUGGCGGCGGCACUGAGUACGGCUCCGGCGGAUGCGGACUCCGUGGGAGAGUGCGACGGAGCCGUGGAGGAGCUGCACGCCAGCGUCCUGGGCCUCCAACUGGCGGUGCCAGAGUGGGAGGCUUUACUGACCGCCCUGGUUCUCUCCGUUAUCAUCGUGCUGACCAUCAUCGGGAACAUCCUGGUGAUCCUGAGUGUGUUCACCUACAAACCGCUGCGUAUCGUCCAGAACUUCUUCAUUGUGUCGCUGGCGGUGGCCGAUCUCACGGUGGCUCUCCUUGUGCUGCCCUUUAACGUGGCCUACUCGAUCCUGGGGCGCUGGGAGUUUGGCAUCCACCUGUGCAAGCUGUGGCUCACCUGCGACGUCCUGUGCUGCACCAGCUCCAUCCUGAACCUGUGCGCCAUUGCCCUGGACCGCUACUGGGCCAUCACGGACCCGAUUAACUACGCCCAGAAGCGAACCGUGGGCCGGGUCCUGCUGCUUAUCUCCGGGGUGUGGCUGCUCUCGUUGCUGAUCAGCAGCCCGCCACUGAUCGGCUGGAACGACUGGCCGGACGAGUUCACCAGCGCCACGCCCUGCGAGCUGACCUCGCAGCGCGGCUAUGUCAUCUACUCCUCGCUGGGCUCCUUCUUCAUUCCGCUGGCCAUCAUGACGAUCGUCUACAUCGAGAUCUUCGUGGCCACGCGGCGGCGCCUGCGGGAGCGGGCCAAGGCCAACAAGCUCAACACGAUCGCGCUGAAGUCCGCCGAGUUGGAGCCGAUGGCCAACUCCUCACCCGCAGCCGCCUCCACCUCCGGCUCCAAGUCACGCCUCCUGGCCAGCUGGCUGUGCUGCGGCAGGGACCGGCCCCAAUUCGCUACGCCCAUGAUCCAGAACGACCAGGAGAGCAUCAGCAGCGAGACCCACCAGCCGCAGCAGACGCAGGAUGGCUCCAAGGCGGGAGCCCAGAGCAACAGCGAUCCGCAGCAGCAGCAGCACGUGGUCGUGCUGGUCAAGAAGUCGCGGCGGGCCAAGAUCAAGGACUCGAUCAAACACGGCAAGGCCCGGGGCGGUCGCAAGUCGCAGUCCUCGUCCACCUGCGAGCCCCACGGCGAACAGCAGCUCCUGCCCGCCGGAGGAAGCUGCCGUGCCAGCGGAGGACACUCCGGAGGUGCAAAGUCCGACGCCGAGAUCAGCACGGAGAGCGGGAGUGACCCCAAGGGUUGCAUACAGGUCUGUGUGACUCAGGCGGACGAGCAGACGUCCCUUAAGCUCACGCCACCGCAGUCCUCGACGGGAGUCGCCGCCGUUUCCGCCACUCCGCAGCAGAAGAAACCGAGCGGCGUGAACCAGUUCAUCGAGGAGAAGCAGAAGAUCUCGCUGUCCAAGGAGCGGCGGGCAGCCCGCACCCUGGGCAUCAUCAUGGGCGUGUUCGUCAUCUGCUGGCUGCCCUUCUUCCUCAUGUACGUCAUCCUGCCCUUCUGCCAGAGCUGCUGCCCUACAAAUAAGUUCAAGAACUUCAUCACCUGGCUGGGCUACAUCAACUCCGGCCUGAACCCGGUCAUCUACACCAUUUUCAACCUGGACUACAGGCGGGCCUUCAAGAGGCUGCUGGGUCUAAACUGAGGCAGGCUGGCGGGGGUGGGGGG